AUCCUCUUCUCCACCACAAGCCACCACUACUCAGCUCCAACAACCCCAACACAAGCACAUUUCACCCAAUCCCCAAACAAACAUCCAAAAUGAAGUACUUCACCGUCUCCGCCCUCCUCGCCCUCGCCUCCCUCGGGGCAGCCGCCGACUUCAAGCUUGAAACCUGGAGCGGCACCGACUGCAAGAACGGCGACCACCUGACCUGGUCUGCUCCCAAGCACGUCGGCCCUGGCUCCUGCCAAUUCAUGGCGAAUGUCAAGAGUUUGAAGGUGGACAGUCUCUUGUCGCACUGCACUGCAACGGUGUAUACUGAUGCAAAUUGCAGCAAGAAUGCUAAGGCUGCUCGAGUGGGACAGUGUGUCCAGUUUGGCGGGAUGAUGAAGUCGUUUUCUGUGGACUGCACGGCGUAA